GCUAACGGGUUUCACUCCCCUUGGUUACGAUCUCUAGUUAACAGAGAGAAAACUGAGAGUUCAAGGACGGUCCGUUAAUCUGCUGCUAGAUUUACUGCCACUGCUGCUGCACUAGCCCUGUCGGUAACGGAGGCGACGGUCAGAGGAUGAGAGCGCGAGCACUGCAGUAAUGAUGCGUUUUAUUCUGGACUGCCUGAGGACACCGAGAGCGAGAAACCCUAAGGAUGAAGGGGACACCGACGUCGUGGAAACGGAUGAGAGAGUCCUUGCCAAGGCAACGGAGAUCAGAGUAAGAAGACCGCAGCACCUCGCGCUGGAGCUGGAGAAUGCAGUGACAGUGGAAAACUUGGAGCUUCAGGAGCAGCAGUCGGACCGCAAGGAGCUGGAGGAGACUCUGGUAAAAUUAGAGACGCACAAAGAAAAGCUGGUGCAGCAAGUAAAGUCCACUAGACAGCAGUGCUAUGAAGAGAGUCAACAGAUCCUGUCUCUGCAGGCGGACGAGGUGCAGAAGGAGAGCCAGGUGGAGGAGUAUGAGAGGGAACUUGCCAGAGUCAGGUGGAGGCUGAGGAAGCUCAGAGAUGAGGUGAAGCAGGCCAAGAGGAAGGUGGAGGAGGCUGGAGAGAGGGACACUCCUCUGCAAGACUCCAUCAGACAGUCCUAUGAAGAGAUCCUACAGGAGGAGCACACCCUGUGUUCUCUGUCAGGAAGUGCAGUCACUCCAGAAAGCCAGCUGGAGGAGUCAACUUCUCCUGCAGACACCAUUGAAGAUGAUCCACUUCCUAUGAGGCCUUGGGGAAGGAGCCAAUCACUGCCUGCCUAUGCUGACCUGAUCAUGAGGGCCAGUGGCUCGUCUUUCUGCAAUAAUCUAGCAGAUACCAGAGAAGAAGCAGACGAUAGUGGGACCAGCUCACCAAAGAUGGAGAGAUCUGACAUAGAGGAUGAGCCGGAGGAGGGGGAGCCCAACAAUGAUGCGGAGAAAGAGAGAAAGAAAGAAGAGUCCACUGUUAACCCAGACGCUCUCAACCAACUGGACUUCUACCAAGCCGACCCCUUCGCCCACUGUCAGAGUGAGCAUGACCUCUUCAAUGAAGACCUGUUCCCUAAAACGGAUUCAUCUGGGUUUCUAUCUGCUGCUGACACAACUCUUACUGGUGGAUUUCCUUCAGACCCUUUCAAAGGCAGCGACCCCUUUGCAGCAGAUAUUCUGUUUCCAGAGAACGUCGGCACUGAUGAGGGGGUUGGAAAUGUUGCCGAUGAGGCAGACACUAGUCUGUCCUGUGCUGAAAACAAAGCCUCAACAGGAACUCAGUGCUUUGAGUCUGAAUUCCCCGAAGAAGACAGCGACAUAGAGAUCAGUUACAGCCGAGAGGACCUGGACGCCAUCGCUCAGGUUGAUGAUUUCCGUGGAUUUAAACCCAUUCAGAGCUCGUCAGAGGAGCUGGGACCGGAGCCCAUCCAGGGCUGGAGGUCCCAGGGUCAGUAUUCUAUAGAAUCAGACCCAAAUGGGUAUGAGCUGGACCUUGGCACUGUGUCCCCUCCCUCUGACAUAGAAGAACAGAGUCUGGGAUAUCUGGCUGAUGAGGCUACCACUGAGUCAACAACAGGACUGGAACAAGGUCUGAGUUGUGGUUCAGCUCAGGCUGUUCCUGAGCUCGGCGAACAAGUCCUGUUGGAACCAGAUUGGACAGGCAACAAAGAGCAAUCUCUGUCCAGGUGUGUUACUUCCAGUCAGGGGGCAGAAUGGGCUGGCAAUAUCGAAGAAGAACCCCAAAACCUUACAACUCCCCAAAACUCACUAGACUCCCAAAACCUGUUUAACCAGCCCGACUCAGAUCCCAACAGAGAGCUUAGCUUUGACAUGAGCUAUGAACCAACCAGUCAGUCUUCCUUUGACCCAUAUGGCUUUAAACUCAGUCCAGAACAUUCUAGUCACACCCUCUUAGACCCUGAUGAAGCUGAACUGAGCCCGGAACCUUCUGAAAACGAAUUGACCUUUGACCCUGAACCCUCCUCUUCUAAACCAGACCAACUGAACGCUGAUAACUAUGAGUUUGACAUCCCUUCCUCCCAGAUGGUGCGGGACUCUGACCCUUAUGGCUUUAAACUCAGCCCUGACGAAGAGAAUCAAGAGGUACUGGACAUCUGUGGCAAUGAUAACCAGGAGGCAAUGGACCUUUGCACCUAUGAUGACAACGAGCAAGUAGAACCCUCUAACUAUAGCAACCAGGAAGUACUUCAACCUCAUACCCAUGAAAACCAAGAAGUGCUUGAACAUUGUAGCUACAAUAACCAGGAACUACUGGAUUUGUGUAACAAUGGAAACCAAGAAGUGCUGGAAUCUUCUAGGCUUGUCAACACAGGAUUAGUUAGCAAUGAAAACCAGGAAUUCCUCGAUCUCUGUAGUCAUGACAACCAGGAAGUAGUGGAACCCUAUUGCAAUAUCACCAACAAGGAACUACUUGAACCUUGUAACUAUGAUAACCAAGAAGUGCUGGAACCUUUUAGCCAUGGCAAUCAGGCAUUGCUGGAUUUCUCCUGUCCUGAAAACGAGGAAGUGCUGGAUUUAGAUAGCCAUGGCAACCAAGACUUACUGGAUUUUGCUAGCAAAGAAAAUCAGGAAGUGCUAGUUUUAGGUAGCCACAGCAACCAGGAACUCCUAGAUCUCUGUAGCAAUGAAAGUCAGGAACCUCUAGACUUAGGUAGCCAUGACAACCAAGAGGGACUGGACUUGUUGAGUAAGGACAUUUUCCCUGAAGCGAACAAUAACCAAUGCAUUGUUGAAUCAGUGCUUGAUGUCAGUCCCACCAACAGCUCAGACAGUGAUGUGCCAUCAGAAGACCUGCUGGGACUUGAACUCACAAAUACCAGUAUCUGCACUACCAACAAAACAAACACCAACAUGGCUGUCAGCAACAUAUCUGCCAAUCAGGACAUUGCACCAUCUCAUGCUCCAAGCGGUCUGCACUUGUUAGAAGGUGAUCUGGGUUCAGUAUUUGGGGCUGGAGGAUACAUCGGCUGUCCUGAUGUAGCUGACGACCUAGCGCCUCUGGAGAGAAGGCAGGCAAACCCAGUAGCAGAGCCAGUACAACCAGUCAGACCAGUUAGGCCUCCUCGGCCCUCGCUCAGGGCCAAGGAGACUCAGGGCAUCGACCUGAAGUGAUCUCUCACCAUCCAACACUCGUGUGGGGGUUCCCAUGUCAGCAGGGUUCCCAUGACCACGACAGCAACACAAGUGGAUGAGGGGAGAAGUAAGAGGUCGGCAACACAAUGGAUACAAAGGGAGGUGGAAUGAAGGAGAGAUGAUUAAACAGACAGCAGGGAGAGAUCAUUCUGCUGUUAUUUAUUGCAAUAAUCCUAGUUUUCGUUGUUUUAUGUUUCAAGGGGACAGAUUAAAUUCAGAAUGGAAAGAUUAGAAGUUGGCAAGAUGUAAAAACUACUAGGUACUAACUGACUGAAGUUAAGCAAACCUGAUUGGCUGUCAGAGUGAUUUAUACAAGUCAGGGUUGGCAACAACAACAUUUUUUGAGGGUGUUCUUAUUUCCUAGUGUUUUUAGCCCAGAUGAUGCUUGUCAAUCAAUCAUAAGGUUGACAUUAUCUGUUAUUUAUUCACUGUAUAAGCUGCCAACUCCUUCCUGUGUCCUCUGAGCCUCUUAGUUAAGCUUCCCAUCCUUUCCGACUUUCCGGUUUUGACAUGGGACAGUGAAAAUAAUCUCUCCUUUUUUAUUUGAGUUUAGUGUUGGAGCAUGUCUAAGUGGACUUUAUGUGACUUUGUCACAGAGAUAAAAUGUAUAUAAAUGAUGUACUCAGCUAUUGUGGUUUUCAGAUUAUCUAGUGAAAUAGUAGUUUUAGGUGGGACUUGGAUGAGAGCUGUAUAAAGAGUUUGGUCGGGUUGUACAGUGAGUGCAUAUCUUCCGUCACCAUGGUAACAUGCCCAGUGUUUUCAGUCAGUGACUUAAAGACUUAAAGAGUGCGUUAACAGCAGGCUUAGAAGCAGUGUUUCACUGCCAUCAAGACUGUGUCACCUUUCAGCAUGUGGUCAGAAGUGUGCUGUGUUGCACCUGCACACCACUCCAAGAGGUGUGCAGUUAAACCAGUGGGGGUGAAGAUUUUCUGGGGCUGUUAAAUUACUCCUUAAGGCAUUUAGCCACUGAACUUCACACUUGAACAUUUGAAUCAGUAGCACUAAAACAAAUGGACCAUCACUGAAAACUGUCACACUGCAUUUCACUACAUCCGUGUCCCACUUCCAUAUGAUAUACUAACAGUACAAAGUGAAAACUAUGCACUCAUUUGACUGUGCACUAUGUUGGUUGUUAGUGUAGGAGAUAUUGAUUUUCUUAACUGCUUGGUACUAACACAAAAAGAUAGGUGUGAAAGUAUGAGCUGAUUGAGAAACUGCGGCUUUAAAAGACUGCUGCCAAUUUCAAUAUAGAAAACAAAGCAGCGACAAAAAAGUGGAAAAGUAUUUUAUAGUUAACAGUUUUCUGAGCUGCCACUGGUGUCUUCCCACCACUGUCUUUUUACUUUUACUCAUUUAAAGCUGUGAAAUGCUAUUAUGUUGCAUUGUGGGUCAAGAGCGUCCAAUAACACUCAAAACAUUAGGAACCACUUUGAAGUUUGCGGGUGAGCACACAUCAAACACAAGUAGUGUAACUACAGCUGCUUUAGCCUCUUAUUCAUACGUAGGUAUUAGCAAUUGUGUCCACCAGAGAGCACUGACAACGUUUAUUUUUACAAACUUAUGGCAUAUGUGAUCCUAUCAAAUAUAUAUUUAUUUAAAUUAUUUAUUAUUAUUUAAAUAAACAUCAUCAACUGGGCUAUAGUAUGUACUAUAUACUAACUGUUAUAGUUUACUGUUUUUGCAGUCAAUAAAUCAAUUCAUCUCACAAUAUUUACUAACAGGAAAUCAUAUAAGACCUUUUGGACUGCCGUGUUGAAUGAAACUUAAGAAACAAAGCAACAAAGUGUUCACACAGUUUACUGCUGUCCUGUUUCAGUCGUCAACAGCUCAUGUCUUUAUUUAGUUAAUGGCAUUGUGGGAUAAUAGUUUACACCGACAGCACACUCAACAAUGAAGCAGACUUAGUAAGCAUGCUGACACGUUUGAGCAUAUUUACAGUAAUUUAGUGUCAACAUGCUACAUACUCCAAACCUGCUUAGAGUUAGUACAACGUAUGGAAUUGGGACACAGCUAGAAUCAGGCACCAGGUAGGAUCUGGCAGGAGCAGGGCUUCAUUGCUUUGCAGCGCGAAAAAUAAGAGGGCGCUGUUUUGAAAGCAUCCCGAGUUUCUUACAGGUACUGGUACAGGUACUUUAAGGAAGGUCUGAUAGGCCAGUGAGAAGAUCACAUGCAACAUGUUUACCCUCAUCAAACCAAAGACAUCAGAGAGGGGGAGUGAACACAGAUAGAACUGGGCUUCAUGGUAAAUGAAGUCCUAACUGCUCUACCAGCAGGGGCUCAGUUGUGUCUGCCUGUGAGAACUACAAUGUCCAAUCUCUCCAACAUGUAUGGCUCUGGGUGAGGAGAGUAGUUAGUCCUGCUGGUGGAACGUGUUGGAUCAAACUGCAUGAAGUUAACAUUUUCCAUCAUUAUUUUGCCACGUGCUGCAACAGAAACAAGCUGUGAACACAACAUUGGCAUAUCAUAUGCUUUUAAGUUGAUAGGGUCAGCUUGUUAGCACACAGUUGCUUGUUUAUACAUUCAGCAGACACAGAGCAGCACUAGCAUCCAUGUGUGUGCUUGUUCAUCUGCUGAGAACUAUCUGUUUCUGCGUUGCUCCGCACCAGCGAGUCUCUAACUGUGUGUCGGCUGUUUGAAGCUGCAGCUGGACAGUGAAACGAUGAACUGAAAGUCAUUAUGAAGCUCUGUUUCUGCUCGCUGUAAGAAGCAGUCCACACGCACCGUGUAACCAACACAUGUUAUCCUCUGGGCUGCAAAGCAUUGUACAUUCAAUAUACCAUGUAACCAAUUCAUUCAAUACAUGACAUACAUAUAUAGAAUUAUCUUUAUAUAAAGGGAAGAAUGUGAAUAACGGUGUGUCCUUUGCACAUGAUGAAUAUACAUAGUAUAUCCCAAAUGACCUUCACACUGGAACAGACUUAACAGGCUCUGAAGGAACAUUUCAGUUCAUAUUCAAUUUCAGUUCACGCCUACCUCAUUACUGCUUUGCCAUGAUUGCAUGACAACACUGUGAACCAUGUACAAACAAACAUUCUGUGAUUUUUGACACAGUAAUUGGUACCCAAAGGCCCAUUAUUGCUGUCAUUAGCUCUCCUGUCAAGGGUGUUUUUGAAUAUGUUUAAUAGUUUGUAUGAUGCAAUUAUCAUAUCCUUUUCCUUGAGGUGUGAAAACCCAUAAAGAGGAGUAGGCUGGCAGUGCUGCUGUAAACAGGAGGACAUAGUUAGAACAAUUACAAAAUUCCUCUGACACGAAUCACUAUUAGAAUACUGUUCAAAAGCAACACUAUGAGAGCCAUGAGGUGGUGGUGCUGGUCGUGUCUUCUGGACUUCUAGCUCGUAUCUCUACAGAGAAAUAGUUCAUGUCAUUUGAAAUGUUUUGCAGCUUCGGCUUGUUUCUGCUGUAUUCUUCUAUUUAAAAUGCAUUCGCUCACUGUUUAACAAUAUCUGUCCAUGAGGAUGACCAAAUAAUACCACUAAGCAAGACAUGUUGGUUUGUUUUCAGUUCUUAAUAACUUGUAGAGGGAUGUAUCACCCACCCUCCACUGCUCACGUUAACACACGUUACACAAUUCUUAUGCUGCAUUCCAGACAACUGGGAGGUUGUUCUAUCUGCUGAAAUGUGCAACUUCCGAGCUGCAGGUGCAACUCCCAGCAUUCCAGGUGCAAGUCGCAAACAUAAACAAAAAACAUGGCUGACCGUGACAAACUGAAGUUUCCUUGGCAAGUGUACACACAGUUGAACACUCCACACAGGCAAAUCAAUUUGACAUUUCAGUUGAUGGUUUACUCUUUACAAGGUGCUGCCAUUGUUGUGUGACGUCAGACAGCUGCUUAAGAACUCCCCGUCUGAUAGCGUUCCAUUGUACUUUUUCUAGUAGGAGAUUGGACAUAUUUGAGUUCCAAGUAGUCUGGAAUGCAGCAUUAGUGUAAUAUCCAGUAUGUUAUCCAUGCAACCCACAUAGAUGCAAUGCAUCUCCCACUCUCUGUUUCAUGAGCUGGCUAAAGUCCCAACCAACAUCUUCUUUUGUCAAAAACUGAUACACUUCAAAAUGACAUUCCUUUAUAAAUCAAUAUUAAAGAUGUUAUGACCAGAUUUGUUCCCAAGAGAAUUUUACAAAGGAUUGAAGAACAUGUCCCUAUUUUCUACCUGGCAUUUCCUGUUAAAGCAUGAAAUACACAUGUGUUCCAUGUCUGUGUGAUAUCAACCUUCCACUCUCCAAGCUAAACUAGUUUUUGAUUAAUAAAUGGUAUCUGUUUUCUUACUCUUAAAUUGUUGGAAAUAUUACACUGUACAUAGACACAUGUAGCACAAUAAACAUGUCAUUCCGUGCAUUGUAAAAAUGACCAGGUUAGCAAGUUAUUUUAUUAUUUACACAGAUGGCAGUUGAAUUAUUUGUUUUUGCGGGCAUAUUUAUUUAUUUAUUUAUUUUUGUAUUGACCCAUUUUUGUAUUUAUUUAUGUACAUGCUGCUUAUAAUAUGUGUACAUGAUCAAGACACGAACAUGAUCAAAAUAUUGAAAGCAGCAAUAUUGUUCAUAGAGAAGACAGAAAGGAUAAAGUUGCUUCUGGGCUUUUCAUUCAUUCAUGUCCCUGGCAGUGCGUGUGUGUUUUCUAUGAUGUAUGCACUUUAAAAGCCAUGAGUGAAAUGAUAUUCAAAAGAACUUCUGUGUUUUGCCAUGGUGAAGCAUUGGUUUCUUGUUAUGAUAAUACAUUUAUGUGUGAUGUUGUAUGUGUUGCUGUCUCAAUGUGUGGUUCUGUGUUGGAAAAAUUAAGAAAUAAAACGGAUCACUUUCUG